ACGUUGAUCGAGGAAGGCUGAAGCUAUAGUCCCGCUUUUAUUGAUACGGCAGUAGGUCUUAUGGCGCGUUGUAUUACAAGCUGUACCUACCUACCGUGUCAGAUCGCGCUUGGGUUUUUAGUUCCUGCGCUGCUAGGUUGGUACAUUCGGCCGUACCCAAAGGUACCCGGCACAUGCACAAUCUAAUACCUGUAUGUGGUUUCCCGCCACCGUAUAAUUCCAUAGCAACCAUUUUAAAGGGUACCUCAAUCUUAGAUUUCUCCAUGUACAUCAUCCACCCACCCUAGCUUCACCAGAGCUUACCGCAAGCAGCUUGGCAGAACAAACAAGAAUAACCUAUGUAACUACAUACUAUAUGUAAUUCACAGUUUACAUCGAGCUCUUCUUCACCAAUCGCCGGAUACUAUUCGAUAUUGUCCUGUAUCUCAGGCAGAAAUGCAAUUCUGCUAAUGACAGCAUAACGUUAGCAUCACGUAUACACACCCAACACCCAACCUUGAAAAAGAAAAUGCCCAAGAUCAAGAGUUAUACCCCAGCCUGGCUGUCGGCUCCCUCGCCCGGCUACGGCCUCUUUGUACCCAAUGCCAACGAAACCCACGAUACUUCAGCAUAUAUUUCCAAAAUCAUCUCCAAGGAAGGUCCGCGACGAACAAUUGCCCGUCGUGGUACCGAGGUAUUCAUUGCUGUUGGAAAAGAAAUUAGAUGGGCAGAUCUGCUUUACCUAAAAGAACGAUGGGAGGAGAAACAAGCCAAGGCUCGAGGUGGUGUCCGCAUUAAACGUGAAGAUUCAGAUAACUUCGACGAUGCUGGACUCAGAGAAUCCAUAGAGAGUGGGUGUGCUGAAGGCUUCCGAACCAUUACAACCUCUGUCGGUAGCGAUAUCCAACAGCUUAUCAUCUCCCCGUAUGCGAACUUCAUGGCAGUUGUUACUACCCAUACCGUUCGUAUCCUCCUCCUACCCGACUCAUCCCACCUUACGGCGCCUGGCCUUGACGCCAUCAAACCAAAGUCAUGGACCUUGGGCCCAACAACGCAUGUUAUGAACCGUUCACCAAUUGCCUCGGCUAUAUGGCAUCCAUUAGGGGUUAACGGUUCUGCGUUGGUGACGGUUACAAAAGAUGCCGCCGUAAGAGUCUGGGAACUUUCCCAGAGAGACCGAUGGUCUUUCGAUUCUCCCUCCCUUACUAUUGACCUACAGAAACUGGCGGACGGCACUUCGCUGGACCAAAAUUUCGCCGCCUCGCCCGAUGUUACAAAUAAGGGAUUCUCUCCGGAUUCUUUCGAGAUGGACGUAGCAGCAGCGUGUUUCGCUGGUAGAGGCUCUGGUGGUUGGUCACCGAUGACUCUCUGGGUUGCGAUGCGAGAGGGAGAUGUAUACGCCCUAUGCCCUCUACUACCGACGCAGUGGGCCCCUCCGCCUACGCUAAUCCCGUCGCUCUCUAUCUCGAUUGUUGGGAAUCUUGCAGCGAUCGAAGACGAUCCGAACGUGUCCGGACAAGCGAAGUUGCUCGCUCAGCAACAGCUGGAUUGGAUGUCAGACCUUGACAACCAAGAACCUAGAAUUAUCGAAGGACCCCCUGGAGAACCGCCUACGGAGAUCUAUACUCGACCUACACGACCCGGUGUAGUUCCUCGCUUACAAGGGCCCUUCGACCUCGAACUGAGCCCCGAAAGUGAAGACGACUUAGACACAGAGCUGACAGAUAUUUUUGUCAUUGGACAAAAGCUUGACACUGAUGAGUUAAUGAUGGGAGAAGAAGAUGAGCUGGAUAUGGAAGAUGUUGAAGGAGAAGGCCUGUCACUCUCCGUCAUAUGCUUACUCUCAUCCAGCGGUCAGCUGCGAGUAUGCCUAGACUUAGAUGGUGUCCAAGCUCAGUGGCUUCCUCCUCGAAAUAAAUCGAAGGCUAUGGGGCGUCUAGCCGGAUCUCCGGUUCUACUAACAUUUCAGAGCAUGGAUAUUUUGAAUUCCUUGGAAGUUACGGAGAAUGCCUGGCCAACGUUUAGCCCGGACGUUACUUCAAGGUAUUCCUUCUAUAUCACCCACCCUUCCAGCAUCACACAUGUCUCUCUAUCUCCAUGGGUCUUCCGUCUGGAAAGCGAACUACAAGGCGAUUCGCAAGCUGGGUCUGAGUUUAGAAUUGAUUUACUUGUCAAUGGGCAGAGCUCUACUAGAGAGCGGCUCUAUACAAGUGCAAUCCAGGGCGACGCGCAGUUUCCCCUAACAGCUUCAGUCGCUAUUCGCGAUCCCGACCUUGGCUACUUCUUAUUAUCCGCAACGCCGUUCGAUCCAAUUGCCUUGGUAUUUGAUACGCCAGAGGAUGACCUCGCCCCCAUCCGAUCCGCCUCACCUUCCUUCGACAGGGAUGCAGAGGUACAACCCUUGGAAUUCUACGAGCCUCGCCCCGUCUUCCAGCCAUCACACUCCUUCGACAUGGGUUCGGCGCUACCAAAAUUACUAAACCAACUCCGCACUAGUCGCCAGAAGACAAUAGUCAACCAGGAAGUUCGACUCUCUCCAGCAACCCUACAAAUUUUCACAGAAGCGCAUCAGGUACUUAGCGACGAAACUCAUAAACUUGGCGUAGCAGCUGCCGAGGUGUUCCGACGAUGUGUUCAGUUACAGACAGAACUUAAGCAGCAAGUCGCCAAGGCUAGUGAAGUUAAGGCUAGGGUUGAGGCUGUCACCGGGGAGGAUCAAGAUGAAGACGAACCAGAAUCGAGCAAUGCUGCAAUGGAAAGGCGGAUACAAAACGCGAGGGAGAAGGGCGAAUCCCUCAACCGAAGAUUGGAAAAGAUGCGAAAGCUAGUCAAUAAGGCGACCAGUCGGGAGUUGAGCGAUAAGGAGAAGGCCUGGGUCAACGAGGUCAAUACCUUGGAUGCCAACUUGUUCGGGUCUACAACGACAACCGGGCCAAGCCGGCUUAAAAUGACCAAGAAGAGGUAUGAAGAGGUGAUGCGAUUAAGAGAUGAGCUCUUAGAGGAAGCAGAGAGGCUAGGCGUGUCGGUUGAGGAAGGAGAAGAGGGCUUGAGCGCGUCAACAACUGACUUGCGCAUACCAUCGGAGCUCCGAAAGGCAAAGAUCAACCAAGUAAAAGGACUCAUCGAGCGUGAGACAGCCUUAGUAGAUGCUGUGAAAUCACGGCUUGAGCGACUAUCAGUAGGGUAGGUAGAAGCGCGGCAAGCAGGUGUGGCGCGUCGGGAUGCAUGCCGUCAAAAGAUGUACCCCAUCAAGGACUGUAUUAAAUGUAAUACCACCUCUAUUCUAUCUAAUAUAUGUCCAGCUAAGAAAUAGGGCGAUUGGACAAGUUGAUUGUGGCUUGUGGCGGGUUUC